GGGGGGCGUUGCAUGCUCGGGGAGAGGUCCCAGGUGUGGGUGUCUGCACGGAGCUGGCUGUGAAGGGUCCGUCGGAGAUUUGCCUGGAAGGGGAGUGGUGUGUGUCAGUGUUGAGUGCCCAGCUUAGUGGUUCUGUGCCCGGGAACCAAACUUGGGCGUGAAACAAAGGGUACUCUUGGAACCAAACUUAGGCCCCUGUGUCCACGGUGAAAAAAGAUCGCUGAAAUCGGCCUCUGCAACAUGAGGUAGAACAGUGGAAUCUGUCUGUAUGGAUUAUGCGACAUGAUUCCUGUUCCCUGGAAAACGGCUGGAGAGAGUCAUAUUGGAUACAGCCCGCAAGUCUAAAUGUAGAGUUUGAGCGCAGAUCUCAGAUCAAGUUGUAAAGGUGAAAAUGAGUUCUUCAGUAAGAAGAAAAGGCAAGCCAGGCAAAGGAAGUGGGAAAGGGUCUUCCAGAGGAGGAAGAGGAGGCAGGAGUAACGCUAGUAAAUCUCAUGGUGGUGGCAGCAGUGGUGGCAAUAGAAAGGCCUCAAGUAGAACUUGGGAUGAUGGCGAUGACUUUUGUAUCUUCAGUGAAUCAAGGUCCUCAACCAGACCUAGCAACAGUAACGUAAGAAAAGGAGACACACGCCCCAAAUGGAAGCCCAAAGCCAAAGUGCCCUUACAGACUCUACAUAUGACUUCUGAGAAUCAAGAGAAAGUGAAAGCUCUUCUCCGAGACCUGCAAGAACAAGAUGCGGAUGCUGGAUCUGAAAGAAGCAUCUCUGGGGAGGAGGAAGAUGAUGAGCCUGACUGUGAUGAUGCACAGUACUGGUUAGCUGGACAAGAAGCUUCCCUUGUUCCUGACUCUGAUCCUUUGGAUUAUGCUGGCUCAGGCCCAGUGGAGCCUUAUAAUCCAGAACUUAUAGUCUCAACAGUUGCAGUGCAAAAACUUUCCAGGUAUGGUUUCAACCCUGAACGCUGUCAGGCAGCCCUGAGGGUUUGUGACGGAGAUGUAGGGGCAUCACUAGAAUAUCUGCUCAUCCAGUGUUUUUCUGAGACAUUCGGAGAGAGGAUGAAAAUCUCUGAGGCAGUUGCACAUAUGAGCGAGGAUGAGUGUGUGGAACCGCGACAGGAAGAGGCAUUUGCUCUCAAGUCAAUCUGUGGAGAAAAAUUCGUGGAAAGAAUUCAGAACAGAGUUUGGACCAUUGGAUUAGAACUGGAGUAUUUGACAAGUAAAUUCCGCAAAUCCAAGCAAAAGGGAAGUACCAAAAAUAUACAGGAGACUUCACUUGAUAUCUGUAAAUUUUACCUCAAAGGAAACUGUAAAUUUGGAUCAAAAUGCAAAUUCAAACAUGAAGUGCCCCCAAAUCAAAUUGUUGGAAGAGUAGAAAGAAGUGUAGAUGAUUCUCACCUUAAUGCUCAUGAAGAUGAAUCUUUUUUAUAUGAACUUGAAAUUCGAUUUUCUAAAGACCACAAAUACCCCUACGAAGCUCCCCUGGUGGCAUUUUAUUCCACCAAUGAGAGUCUACCUCUGGCUUGUCGUUUACAUAUUUCUGAGUUCCUUUAUGGCAAGGCCUUGACUUUUGCAGAAACUGCAGAACCUGUUGUAUAUUCUUUGAUUACCCUUUUAGAGGAAGAAUCAGAAAUAGUCAAUCUACUAACAAAUACCCAUCACAAGUACAGUGAUCCUCCAGUGAACUUUCUGCCAGUAUCCUCUGGGAUCAGAAUAACUAAUCCUUUCUGUCGUAAACCAGUGAUUCCACAUAAUUCUUUUGUUUCAAGUCGAAUUCCAGAAGUUGAAAAAGAAUCAGAACCUCAGGAGGAGACAGAUGAGGAUGAAGGUCCUGCACCAGUGGUAGUGGAGAAUGAAAGCUAUGUGAACCUUAAGAAAAAGAUUUCCAAAAGAUAUGACUGGCAGGCAAAAUCAGUACAUGCUGAGAAUGCUAAAAUCUGCAAGCAGUUCCAAAUAAAACAGACCUCCAGACAGUUCCAGUCAAUUCUGCAAGAAAGACAGUCACUGCCUGCUUGGGAAGAAAAAGAAACCAUUCUUCAAUUGUUGAGCAAGCACCAAGUACUUGUUAUCAGUGGUAUGACUGGAUGUGGGAAAACCACACAGAUCCCACAGUUCAUAUUGGAUGAUUCUCUGAACGGACCACCAGAGAAGGUGGCUAACAUCAUCUGCACCCAGCCCCGACGAAUCUCUGCAAUCUCUGUCGCUGAGCGUGUUGCUAAAGAGCGAGCAGAAAGGGUGGGUCUGACUGUGGGAUACCAGAUCCGCUUGGAGAGCGUCAAGUCCUCAGCCACCAGGCUGCUAUACUGCACCACAGGAGUGCUGCUGAGAAGGCUCGAGGGAGACACAGCCCUACAAGGAAUCACCCAUAUCAUUGUUGAUGAAGUCCAUGAGAGGACAGAAGAAAGUGACUUCUUGCUGCUAGUUUUGAAGGACAUUGUGUUGCAGAGACCAACGCUCCAAGUUAUUCUGAUGAGUGCAACUUUAAAUGCUGAGCUCUUUUCAGAAUAUUUCAGUUCCUGCCCAGUUAUUACUAUACCAGGUCGAACUUUUCCUGUUGAUCAGUUUUUUCUGGAAGAUGCAAUUGCUGUGACAAGGUACGUGAUACCGGAUGGGAGCCCAUAUAUGCGCUCCAUGAAACAGAUGUCAAAGGAGAAGCUUAAAGCAAGGCGCAGCAGAACUGCAUUUGAAGAAGUAGAGGAAGACCUGAGGCUUUCCCUUCACCUCCAGGAUCAGGAUUCUGUCAGAGAUGCAGUGCCAGAUCAGCAGUUAGAUUUUAAGCAGCUCCUGGCUCGCUAUAAAGGGGUUAGCAAAUCAGUCAUCAAAACGAUGUCCAUCAUGGAUUUUGAAAAGGUUAAUCUUGAAUUAAUCGAGGCCUUGUUAGAAUGGAUUGUGGAUGGAAAGCACUCCUACCCCCCAGGUGCUAUACUUGUAUUUUUACCUGGAUUGGCAGAAAUCAAAAUGCUUUAUGAACAGCUACAGUCUAAUUCUCUUUUCAACAACAGACGUAGUUAUCGAUGUGUUGUUCACCCACUUCAUUCAUCUUUAUCCAGUGAAGAGCAGCAAGCUGUGUUUAUAAAACCUCCUGUAGGUGUAACUAAGAUUAUAAUUUCCACCAACAUUGCUGAGACAUCCAUAACCAUUGAUGAUGUUGUCUAUGUCAUCGAUUCUGGGAAAAUGAAAGAAAAGAGAUAUGAUGCCAGCAAAGGGAUGGAAAGUCUAGAGGAUACUUUUGUCUCUCAAGCCAAUGCUCUGCAAAGAAAAGGUCGAGCUGGUCGUGUUGCAUCUGGGGUCUGCUUCCAUUUGUUCACUAGCCAUCACUUCAGUCACCAGCUUUUAAAGCAGCAGCUGCCAGAAAUACAAAGAGUGCCAUUGGAACAGCUCUGUCUAAGAAUUAAAAUUUUGGAAAUGUUUAGCACUCAUAAUCUCCAAUCGGUGUUCUCUCGGCUCAUUGAACCACCACACCCUGAUUCUCUUCGUGCCUCAAAAAUACGAUUACGAGACUUGGGAGCAUUAACUACAGAUGAAAAACUGACCCCCCUUGGGUAUCACUUAGCCUCUUUGCCUGUGGAUGUGAGAAUUGGCAAACUGAUGCUAUUUGGGUCUAUCUUCCGCUGUUUGGAUCCUGCUCUCACCAUCGCUGCCAGUUUGGCUUUUAAGUCUCCUUUUGUGUCUCCCUGGGAUAAAAAAGAGGAAGCUAACCAGAAAAAGUUAGAAUUUGCAUUCGCAAACAGUGAUUAUCUGGCCCUUCUACAAGCAUAUAAGGGGUGGCAGCUAAGUAUGAAAGAAGGUAUGCGAGCAAGUUAUAAUUACUGCAGACAAAACUUCUUGUCGGGCAGAGUUCUUCAGGAAAUGGCCAGCCUCAAACGACAAUUUACUGAACUGUUAUCAGAUAUAGGCUUUGCGAAGGAGGGACUCAGAGCCAGAGAAAUUGAGAAAAGGGCCCUGGGAGGAGAUGGCAUCCUGGAAGCCACAGGAGAAGAGGCAAAUUCAAAUGCUGAGAACCCCAAGCUGAUAUCAGCAAUGCUGUGUGCUGCUCUGUAUCCAAAUGUAGUGCAGGUGAAAAGCCCAGAAGGGAAGUUUCAGAAGACCAGUACUGGAGCUGUCAGAAUGCAACCAAAAUCAGAUGAGCUGAAGUUUGUCACCAAGAACGAUGGAUAUGUGCACAUUCACCCUUCAUCAGUGAACUAUCAGGUCAGACACUUUGACAGCCCCUACCUGCUGUACCACGAGAAGAUCAAAACUAGUCGGGUGUUCAUCCGCGACUGCAGCAUGGUGUCUGUGUACCCGCUGGUCUUGUUCGGAGGAGGCCAAGUGAAUGUGCAGCUUCAAAGGGGAGAGUUCGUCGUCUCCUUGGAUGAUGGUUGGAUUCGUUUUGCGGCUGCUUCCCAUCAGGUGGCUGAAUUAGUAAAGGAAUUGCGCUGCGAGCUUGACCAGCUCCUCCAGGAUAAGAUCAAGAACCCGAGCAUAGACCUGUGCAUGUGUCCUCGAGGAUCCCGCAUCAUCAGCACGAUUGUGAAGCUUGUCACCACACAAUAAAGACCCGUCUUAGGAGAGUGCUUGCUACUCACCUGCUUCUUGUUCACCCGGGAAACAGCAGCAGCACCUCUACCUCGAACUCAAGCUCUGAUGAAGGAGCCCAGGGCCUGCACUGCCCAGGCUGCCAAGGCACCGCAUUCCCUUAGGGAAAUUGUCCAGACUGAGUAUUUCUAACAGCAGUGGGCACUCCCAGCACAAUUGGAGUGUCGUGGUAAGACAGUCUACAGACCCGCCUGCCUGUCUUUUUCCCUGGGACUGUCCUAGAAUGAAUGAAAUGCGCCUGAUAACACACAAGUGAAUGUGUAUUCUGUUUUAAUCUGCAUAUUCUUUUUCUCCUGCUUUUUACUGGGGUGAGAUAAGGGCAUGAGGAGAGAUACUGAUUGUUGUUUCUAUCAUACAGGCUCAACUGAGAGAAGUUAGAACAGAGAAGAAAAAAAAUCAUGUGAGCAAGAAAGAUUAAAAUUUCAUUGUAGGCUAUUGGCUACAGAGUAAACUUGAUUUGUGAGGGAUUUUUAUUUUUACUCAUUCAAGGUAAGCCUUAAAAAAUAAACUUAAUGAGUUCUUAAUUGUUACUAAAAUGCAAGCUGGUCUUAUCCACAACACUCUAAUUCUUAAAAGCAGAACCGUCUGAGUGUCUUUAUUCUCCUGUAGGUUUUCCAUUUAGAAAUUACUUUCUUCUGAACUCACCCGGAUCUAAUGGCCACAUUUCACAUUACCCAAAAGGAAUUUUAAUGGUAUUCUCAGAGCAAAGUUGGCAUGGUUGAGGGAGAAAGGGUUGCCAUGCCAGUGUCAGAUUUACAGUCAUAAAAAUGCCUUCCAUGAGACUUAUUUCAGCCACCACUUAGGUUAAUGGAGCACUGGCAUUUUGAAAAAAUAGGAGUACAUGUAUAUUUUCCCCUGGCAUUUAUCAGUGUGGCCAGGAAGAAUCCCAAAGAACUGGGUGGAAAAAUAUUCCUGUUUGUCUAGCCCUCAAGUUUCAUACCAUAGCUAACAUUCAAACUAAUCGAGAAAAACCACCUCAAUGAAGGGUGUUCCCUUUUUAAGAUUUUAUUUUAGUUAAAUAAGACUCUUAGACUGUCCAAAUUGAUCAUUAUGAGGUGUAUUUAAGCACCAGUGCACUUAAGCAGAGUGCAGACAAUAUCCAAGCCCUGACUUGCUAUUGAAACAGGCUCAGAUUACAAAAAUGAUUAGGCUUGGACACUUAGGAGAAAUGAAGGCUAAAACUGCACUGAGCCUCUAAACAAGUUUUUAAAAGCCGUUUUGACUCUUGGUGCUAUAGUGGAGCGCACGCUGCCCUAGCAGAGCCGUGGGGACUGGUAACACGUUUGCAGCAGAGCACACAGCUGGGAGCGCGCUGACUACAAAACUUCCGGUUCCAAGGGCUGAGAAGUUGCUCCCCUCAGGAAGCCCUUCUUGGGCUGGUUACUUGCAGCCACAUACACAUGCACAAAUCCUACCCUUUCAUAGGUGGCCAGGAUGUGAAAAGGUUGGACACCUUGAAUAAGAAAAUCCUCACCCCAAAACUCUUAAAAUUUAUGAACUAUGAAAUAAGAUUACUCCUUUGUGAUUAAAGGUCAAAAUGCAGUAGAGUAUUUCACUGUGGCCUGGAUUUCUAAGCCCCAACAAGAUUGUCAGCACGUAAUGUUAAUUUUGUUAAGAACUCUGUGGAUGUUUUCUGAAAUAUUUGUUUUACUUUUAUUGGAUUCUAGUUAGGGAAUCGUAUUAAUAAAAUACUGGCUACAAAAUUA